AUGGCUCCUUCGGCGGUGAAUGGCGAUGGUGUCAAUGGGACCACACAGUCGAACGGUCACAGCGCCGGGACACAACUCAAAGCAACCGCUCCAGUUUUUCAUCCUGCCGGCGCGGCAAACCGAUCAAGGUAUCAUGCCUCGUCGUCCGACGAAGCCAUCCACGCCGAGCAUGAAUAUGCCGCCCACAACUAUCAUCCCUUGCCAGUCGUUUUUGCUCGAGCCCUCGGAACCACGGUGUGGGACCCUGAAGGUCGACAAUACCUCGACUUUCUGUCUGCAUAUUCGGCCGUGAAUCAGGGCCAUUGCCACCCGGAACUAGUCAAGGCAUUGGUCGAACAGGCAUCGACACUGACCCUGAGCUCAAGAGCGUUCUACAACGACGUAUUUCCGCGAUUUGCAGAGUUUGUGACGAAGUAUUUUGGUUUCGACAUGGUGAUGCCCAUGAACACGGGUGCUGAAGCCGUGGAAACGGCCAUCAAGAUCGCCCGGAAGUGGGGCUACAAGUCGAAGAAGAUCCCUCAAGGAGAAGCCCUUGUCCUCAGCGUCGCGGAAAACUUCCACGGCCGCACAUUCUCUGCCAUCUCCAUGUCCACGGAUGCCGAAUCACGAGACAACUACGGCCCCUACCUGCCGGGUGUGGGCAGCAUUUCCCCAGCUACCGGCGAAGUCAUCCCCUACAACGAUGUAGCAGCAGUGCGCACUGCUUUCGAAUCUCACGGUGACAAGAUCGCGGGGUUUCUCGUUGAGCCAAUUCAAGGUGAAGCCGGAAUUGUUGUUCCCAGCGAUACCUACCUGUCCGAGAUCCGCGCCCUGUGCGACAAGCACAAUGUCCUUUUGAUCUGCGACGAAAUCCAGACUGGUAUUGCCCGUACAGGCAAACUUCUCUGCCACGAAUGGGCAGGCAUCAAACCGGACAUGGUUCUUCUCGGCAAAGCCAUCUCCGGAGGCAUGUACCCUGUCUCGUGUGUCCUGGGUCGAAAAGAUGUCAUGCUCACCGUUGAGCCUGGUACGCAUGGGUCCACGUAUGGCGGCAACCCGCUUGGCUGCGCCGUGGCCAUCCGCGCCCUCGAGGUCGUCCAAGAGGAGAACAUGGUCGAGCGCGCCGAGAAAUUGGGCCACCUCUUCCGCGACGGCCUGCGUGAUCUCGAGUCCCCGCUCAUCACGACUAUCCGCGGCAAGGGUCUCCUGAAUGCCAUUGUGAUUGACGAGUCCAAAACGAACGGCCACAGCGCAUGGGAUUUGUGCAUGCUGAUGAAGGAGAAAGGUUUACUGGCCAAACCUACCCAUGAAAACAUCAUUCGUCUCGCUCCGCCUUUGGUGAUUACCGAGGACGAGAUCAAGCGCGCCCUCCAGAUCAUUGGAGAGGCAGUCACCGAACUGCCCAAUCUCCAAGGGAAGAAAUCAGAGGAGAUCAUCCCUCCCGAGGAAAAGAAUGUCAAGAUCGGGGUGGAUAACUAA